AUACACACACAACAACUACACCAAAAUGGCAGUAUUAAAGUCGACCAGAAUGCAAAAGAAGGUGAACUACGAUGCUAAACUCAGCAAACUUCUCGAUCAUUAUACGCAAAUACUUAUCGUUGGCGCGGACAAUGUGGGUUCGAAUCAGCUACAACACAUAAGGCAGGGAUUGAGAGGUGAUUCCAUUGUUUUAAUGGGUAAGAAUACUAUGAUGAAGAGGACUAUUAGGGUCCAUGCUGAAAAGACUGGCAACAAAGAUAUUCUUAACCUUAUUCCUCUUCUUGUGGGGAAUGUUGGAUUGGUUUUUACAAAAGGCGAUCUCAAGGAAGUGAGUGAUGUUGUUGCUAAGUACAAGGUUGCAGCACCUGCAAGAGUUGGUCUUAUUGCACCAAUUGAUGUUGUUGUCCCUCCCGGGAACACUGGUUUAGAUCCUUCACAAACCUCGUUCUUCCAGGUGCUCAACAUUCCUACAAAGAUUAACAAAGGAACAGUAGAAAUAAUAACCCCAGUGGAGCUCAUUAUGAAGGGUGAUAAGGUCGGUUCAUCAGAAGCCGCACUUCUUACUAAACUUGGAAGAAAGCCUUUCUCAUAUGGGCUCAUUGUUCAAUCUGUUUAUGAAAACGGGUCAGUGUUCAGCCCAGAAGUGCUUGACCUCACAGAAGACGAUCUUGCUGAAAAGUUCGCUAAUGGGCUUUCUGAAGUUGCUGCAUUUUCAUUAGCCAUUAACUACCCUUCAUUAGCUGCAGCCCCACAUUUGAUCAUUAAUAGUUAUAAGAACUUACUAUCUUUGGCCGUAGCUACUGAGUAUUCAUUUAAAUACGCCGAUAAAGUUAAGGACUAUUUGAAGGAUCCAAGCAAAUUUAAAGUUGCGGCUGCACCAGUUUCUGCUGGCGGAUCAAGUGCAUCUGCAGCAGGUGUUGAAAAGGAACAAAAGAAGGAAGAACCAGAAGAAUCAUCUGAAGAGGAAGGGGGUCUAAUGGGCUUGUUUGAUUGAGUUUAAUGAUAGGCUUUUUUUGGCAUCCAUUUUAUCUUUAGU